AUGAAAGGUUUCAAAUAUAGGGUUCCUCCUAUUAUAUACUACCAUUUUCUUGUGCUUGGUGGAGACUACCACUUUGGUAUUCUCCCUUUAGGAAAUGAUGAAGAUGUUGCAAACUUUUGUCAAUAUGUCAGUGAGCACAAAGUGAUGAAGGUAUACACAGAACAUGGUGAAACAAAACUACUCACCUAUUUCUUGAAUCCUACACCUGUUACCAAGGUUACCCUUGUACAGUUAGAUGAACCACAUGAGGAUGUUCAACACAAUGAUGAAGCUCCUGAUGACCAAUCAAAGGAAUCACAUAUAAUGACUACACCUACUAAUGUGGUGCCAACUCAACCAAACCAACCUGAAAUCCAAGUCAAUGAAGUACUUCAAGUCGUAUCCUUAUCACCUGAAUAUAAUAGGAGAAGGGUUAUGAGCAAGGAUGGAGUGAUGGCAUCUUGCAGUAAGAAAAUAUACUUUGAUGGAGAAGAUUGCCAAAGACUUUGUUGUGGCAACUAUUAA